UGUUUAUUAACAUGUUUAUAUUGCUUGUUAUGUAAUUGAUGAUUAUAUUAUUACCAGGUUUUUUUUUUACAAUUUAUAAUUUGUAGUUGUUUGAUGAUGAAUACUUUUUUUUUUUUUUAUUCAUUUCUACUUUGAAAAUGUCAAAACAAUGUCUAUUACUUUGUUAAAAUUGUCUGAAAAGUGAAAAUUUUGGUUAAUCAGGUUGCAGAAUUCUGUUUUGAUGAUUAACUGCCUCUAAUUUCGAUUGAUGAAGGAUGUUUAUUGAGUACUAGAUAGGGUUUAUUAGUUUAUGAUGCUGCAAGAAUGAGUUUUGCUUAUGAGACUAAGUCAAAGUUCAACUGAUCAUGCUAGAAAAUCAGCUUCGUUUGUAAUCAGACAAGUAGACAAUCUAUUGUUUUUCUGUGAUGUUCAGCUGUAGUUUCUGCGAAAAUGCGAAUAUAAUGAGCACCUUGAUGCAUAUGAGGACCUAUAGCUCAUGGUUAUUUGUGAGCUGCGAAUCCUGUGAUUGAUUGCAAUGUUUCCUGAUACAAAAAGCCGAAGGUCAUGUAUUUGCAGUAUUUUUCAAGCAGCUGCUGCAGUUGUCCUAAUUUACUUGAUAGGGAGUGUUUUUAUUCUACCAGUUUACAGACAGGAUACUCCAAAAAUGGGGCUAGCUGGAAGUAUGGACCUAUUGCUUGGCAAUAGAUGUGAGAAUCAGUGCAGACCUCGUGGAAGCGAGUCAUUGCCUCAAGGUAUUGUUGCGAAGAAUUCUAACUUGGAAAUGCGACCACUAUGGGGCCUUCCAGAGAAAAGUAACUCAUCACUGAGUUUGCUGGCAGUUGCUGUUGGGAUUAAGCAAAAACAACUUGUGAAUGCAAUGGUUAGAAAGUUUCUCUCGAGGGGUUUUUCUGUGAUGCUUUUCCAUUACGAUGGUAAACUUGAUCAAUGGAAGGAUUUUACGUGGAAUGAUCGGGUCAUACACAUAUCUGCAAUCAAUCAAACUAAAUGGUGGUUUGCAAAGCGAUUCAUGCACCCAGAUGUAGUUGCUGCCUAUGAAUAUGUUUUUCUCUGGGAUGAAGAUAUUGGAGUAGACUAUUUUGAUCCUUUAAGGUAUGUAUCUAUCGUUAAAGAGGAGGGUCUUGAAAUCUCCCAGCCAGCACUUGAUGGUAACAGAUCAGAGGUGCAUCACCAGAUUACAUCUCGGGGAAGGAGAGGAAAAGUUCACAGGAGAACAUACAAGCAUAAUGAAUGCGAUGAAGACAGUUCUGGUCCUCCUUGUACAGGGUGGAUAGAAGUCAUGGCUCCAGUGUUCUCUCGAGCAGCAUGGCGUUGUGUAUGGUACAUGAUUCAGAAUGACUUGAUCCAUGCUUGGGGUUUGGACAUGCAGCUGGGAUAUUGUGCACAGGGAGAUCGAACCAAAAAAAUUGGGGUUGUAGAUGCUGAGUAUGUGAUACAUUAUGGCCUGCCUACACUAGGGGAGCCGCUAGGAAAAAAGCCCCAACUCCACGUGCUUGACAAGCGGGUUGAAGUGAGGAGACAAUCUUAUAACGAAUACAAGGUCUUCAGAAGGCGAUGGGAUAAAGCUGUCCUAACCGAUGAAUGCUGGACAAAUCCCUAUCCACAACCAUUAAAACCAAUCUCUCGGUAACAGGUACACAACACCAAAAGGCUUUUUAUAUAUACACAGAUUAAGGAGAUAUUAGUUGUUCAUAGAUAGCAUUCACAGAAAUGAAGUCUGCUAAAUACCGAACUAUGAAAGAACAUUUUUGUACAGAAGAGUUGUAUACAAUGUAUAACAAUAGUCAAAAUACAUUUCAUGAUUUGUAAGCUUGUCUGGGUUUGAGUUAUGUACCAUACUUGGCCUGGGUUGUAAAUACUUCGUAUAUAUAUACGAAUUAUAAAGUAUACAACUAUAGUCUAUAACUCUAUACAUGAUAUGAUUCUAUCAUGCCAAAGAAAAGUUGUGUAUUUUGGAUU